UCUUUAUUCCAUAAAAAGCUAUGUUUGUCGUUGUAAAUUUAAUCAUCCAUCCAUCUGUUAGAUUGUAUCUAUAUGUUAGUCUACUUACCCUACAUACAUCAUCAUCGGUACUAGAUUUUUACGCCUCUGUUUCUAGAUAAUUUUUUUUUAUAUUCAAAAUACGCUUGCGCAGUUUCAAGAAAGCGACAAAUAGACUUGGUUUACCGAUUUCAUUAUUUCAUAGGUAUCAAGAACUCCGCGAGCUUGUAAGCUAAAAUUCAUCAGUCAUCUGCCAACCACCGCAGAAAAGUGUCACACAAAAGCAUACAUUUAUAACACUUUUUACCUUGCACGCGACUUAUUAAUUGUUUUGUGUAUUAAUUUCAUUACAAUCCGAUUGUUAUUCUUCUUUUCAUACCUGUUUAAUCUUAAUUACAUUAAAUAAGAUUAUAAAUUGAUGAUUAUUAUUAAUCAACAUAUGUGCAGAGAAUUGUUUUUAUCGUACAAUCAUUGUAAUAAAGUAAUGUAACAAAUAAAACUUAGAAAAAGUUUGAAAUUUUGAGAUAAAUUAAAUGUAAAUAUAAUCGAUUUUAUUGAAAUUGUUUACUUAAAUAGACUAGUAAAAUAAUGAAUUGAAUGAUUGAAUUUAUUUUGAAAUUAAAGUAAAUAUGGCAAUGUCAACAGUAGAGAAAUUUUAUCAAGAUAAUGAACAAUCCUCUUGUUCAUGCGACACAAGUUCUGCAGAUAAUACUGCACAGUCAGCUUUAACCAACUGUCCACCGAGUAGUUUUCCUAAAAAUUUUCAGGAUUUUUUAGUUACCUUGUCUGAGGACACUGAUGAUUUAUGUAAUAUGUUGGAAGAUAAACUUAUCCCCAGAAAAAUGAAAAAUAAUAUGGAUGAGAAAAACUCCUAUAAGCGAUGGACUAAAAGAAGAACUUUUCAACGUCGUCAUAGUGAAAUUGAAGUUCGAUUACAUAAGACAUCAUCCACUAAUGAUGGAAGAACAGAACUAAGAACUGUUGAAGCAAAUGCUAAACCACCCGCAGUACAAAGACAAAGAAGCUCUAGUAUUGCUGUUCCUCGACCUACACCGGAUUUACAUAAAUUUCUGCAAACUGAAGCUAACUUUCGAGGUCAUUUAUCACCGUCAUUCAUCAAUACGACAAAACUAGUCAACAAUUCGACUUCAGGUGCAACAUCAUCGACACUCCAACUGCUCAACCCAAUUCUCGCAAGCCCUGAAAAUUUGGAAAAAUUCUCGAUAACUCAACGAACAGAUAAACGAAAAAGAACAAGUAGUAUGCCAACAGUUUCUCGACAUCAACCUAUGUUAGGAGAUACAAGACGUAAUUUCAAUCCCAAUGCUGAAGAAGGUGACCUCAAUGAAGGGAUUGAGUAUUAUAGACUAAGAUCAUUUUCUAUUACGGCUAAUGGUGUCUAUAAUCUUGGAGAUUCUCUUAAAAGUCGUCGAAGUCGGAGUAUUAAUAGUGUUACAUCAUCAGGAACAAGCUUCAGCUCUAUAUCUCAACAUUCAUGUCUUGGAAAUGAAGAAGCUGAAAAUACUGGAAAAGUAGCGACUUACAAAGUCGGAAUGCUUGGAGCUACUGGAGUCGGCAAGACAGCCCUCACUGCACAAUUUACAACCAGUGAAUACAUUUGUGCUUAUGAUACAUCCUUAGAUGAUGAAUAUGGCCAGAAGAAUGUCUCGGUUAUGAUUGAUGGUCAAGAAACUGAACUAGAAAUUAUUGAUCAUCCAGCUUCUGAAAUUUGUGCCGAAACAUUUUGUUCCACUUAUAAUCCUGAUAUUUACGUAAUUGUAUAUUCAGUAGUUGAUCAACAAAGUUUCGAAGUAGCAAAGGAAACGCUUGUGUACUUGUUAAAGCAUAAUUAUACAGCAACCCAUGGAGUUAUUCUUGUUGGAAAUAAAGUUGAUCUCGAGAGAAAUCGUGAAAUAACAUCUGACAUAGGUAGACGUCUUGCUAAUAGCUGUGGUUGUAAGUUUAUCGAAACAUCUUCUGGGUUGGCUCAUCAUGUAGAUGAAUUGCUUGUGGGCAUUUUAGCUCAAAUUCAGCUAAAUCCACAACGGAAAAAAAAUCAAGCCGUCAAGUUUCCAGUUUCAACUAGACACAAACACCGAUGUAGAAUUCUUAAACAUUUAUUAGGAUUCAAGAGAAAAACUAAAAGUUGCGAAAAUCUCUUUACCUUAUGAUAUAAAUUACGUGUCUUUUAAAGUGUAUAUAUUAUUCGUUAUUAUCUUGUAAAAUUAAACAUAAUAUUAUAUAAAUCACAUCUCUUUGAAAUUGGAGAUGAAAUGUAUUUAAUUCUUAAAGACUUGACUU